UGAAUAAUCGGUUUGGGUAUCACAAAUAAGCCAACCGGUUAACAGUAUGUUAGGGUUUGGUCUGCUUCGGUUCUGUAUAAGUCUUUCUCGAUUUCUCUCUUCUCCAAGCUCCUUCGUUCGACUCUGGACAAUUUCCGGCGACUUGGACUUGGGAUUCCGGCAACUCAACAGACCUCGAUUCCCAGAUCGAACAGGCUUUGAUAGAACGAAUGACGGUUCUGAAAAGGUACGUCCUGAGGCUCUUCAUGUCCAUCAAGUACAUAACAGCAAACGUAGUGGACAGAAACAACGGGAGAGUAGUGACAACAGCAUCAACCGUAGAGCACGCGAUCAAGAACUCACUAGAGUGUGGCCGCACUUGCAACGCCAAAGCAGCUGCUAUCGUGGGAGAGGUUCUGGCGAUGAGGUUGAAAGUAGAAGGGCUCCAAGAUGGGCAAGGGAGAGGUAUCCACGCCGAUGUCAAGAAAGAAAUCGAAAAGAAAGGGUUCAAGAGUCGAACCAAGGUGUGGGCUGUUAUCAACUCGCUAAAGAACAAUGGUGUUACGCUCAUCCUCGAUGAUUAUGAUUCUGAUGAUGACAAAGAUUAUCGAGAUCGUUCUUAUGACGGUCAUCGUUAACCUCACAAGCUUUACUUUCUGUGUCAUCUUCUGGAAUCUUUAGAUUUGGUUCUGUAAACUUGGAACAGUCAAAUCUUUGUAACAGAAUAAUUUUUCUUUUCGCGUUUAUAAAAAAAAUGAAGUUUCCUGUGUA